AUGUCGCGCGCGAUCCCCCUCCCACUCGCGCGUCCGCCGGCGCUCGCGAUCGUCCCGCGUCGCCCCGCGCGCGCGUCGUCCUCGUCCUCGUCGCCGCGCCGUUCGAGGAGCCUCCUCCGAGCCUCCUCCGCCUCCACCUCCGAACCCUUCCCCCUCGAGUCAACGCACGGCUGCCACACCGGCGGCUGCUGCACCAACGACCUGGUGGCGUCCCUGGAGGCUCGCGCGGGGUGCCCCGGCGCGCUCGAGGACGUCAACCUGCGCGAGUGCGGCGACGGCGACGUCGUCGCCGCGCUGGCGGCGCGCGCGGGGGAGAUAUCCACCGGUUCGCUCGCGGCUGAUAUCCUCUGGUACGUGACGUCCACGCCCCGUAUGCGCCACCUGCGCGAGUCGGGUCACCUCCUCGACGCGAUGUGCGCCAGGCACGGGCCGUUCCGGGCGCUGCACGCGCUGUACAACGACAGCGUCGUGCCGCUGGCGUGGAUGCGGGGGGGGGAGGACGCGCGCGAGGGAGGCGACGGACCGACGCCCACGGCCACACCCGUCGCCCGCUCCGAGGACGAGAAAAAAACCGAGAAAAAAGAAGCUUCGACCGCGGCCGAGGACGCGGCAAACGACGACGACGCGGCCGCCGAGCACCUCCGGGUCCGCGACGCGGACAAGGCCGCCGCGCGUGACGCGCUCACGUCCACUCCGCCCAACCCUCGCGCCGCCGCGCGCGCGGACGGCCACCUCCGACGAGACACAGCUGGCGGGAACAAAAGUGAUGAACCGACUCUGAGGAUGCCGCCGUUCGGGUGGCACAUGCCCUACGAUUACCUCCCCAGACACCUCGCGUACAUCCUCCGCGCGCUCGUCGAGCUCCCUCCGCCCGCCCCCGACGACGCGAACGCACAGGCGAGCGAUCGUUCCCCUUUCCCGUCCGGCACCGACGACGAUCGCGCGCUGACCGCCAAGUCCGUGGCGCACCUCUGCGGUCUCUUCUCCAGGGACGCGUGGCACGCAGAACACGUCACGCACUCCGACCUCGCGUCCAUCGUGAACGCAUUCGCCGAGGUUCCUGCGGUGCUCGAAGCGGAGCACUGCGGAGAUUUUACAAAGACGGCGAGGCGAGCGCUGCGAGAGCUCGCCAAGCCGGUGGAGGCACACGCCGAGGCGUUCACGCCCGCGGAGUAUACUCGUCGGUCGUGCCCUUCGAGGCGCCUUCGGGGUACGUUCGAGCCGCUGAAAUCGAUCCUUCAUUCCGCGCAGGUUUUCGCCGUGGUUCGGUCGUACGAGCGCGCGUACGACGAGUGCUGGGCGCACCAUCCGACAGUCUCGGGUUCAAACCCGGUGCCCAUCGAACCCUUACCCUCGAGCGGCCACGGUAAGCCGUUAUAUUCGUCGUCGUCGUCGAUUGAUCGAUACGAUCGAUACGCGAGGAUCGACCGGUGGCCGCGAUACGCAAAGACGGCGAGGUUCUACGACAGCCAGUCGGAGCUGAGGGACGGGUGCGUUCCUCCACUCGACCCGGUUCGUUCGAUGAUUCGACUCGUUUUCACCAAUUUCGCUUUCGAUUCUGCGCAAUCAAUCGAUGGAUAG